AUGGAACCCUCAUCCUCAUCGUCUUCGUCAUCCCAAUCCCAAUCUCCAAACCCUCCUCUGCUUCUCCUAGCCAUGUCUUCCUCCGCCCUCCUCCACCGCCGCCAGCGCCGCCGCGUUUCCCCUUCAGCCGCCGCCCUCCCUUUCAACUCCUCUGUACCGAAGGUGAUCGGCAACGAUGAUCUUCUGAAGCAGAUCCUCGUUCGAUUACCGGCGAAGCCUCUGUUUUCUUUCAAGGCCGUGUCGCACAGAUGGCUAUCUCUGAUCUCGGAUCCUUACCUGAUGCGUGAUUGGAUUGCUCCGAAAUCUCCUUCUGCGUUCUACUACCGAAGUGUGAAAAUCUGUCAGUCCUGUAAUGGUUUGUUGCUUUGCUCUUCAUCUCGUUACUCUUUGGAUUAUGUUGAUGCUAAAUACUAUGUUCUGAACCCCACCACAAAGAAGUAUUCGAUUAUUCCUAGGCCGGUUAAUGGGGAUGAGAGAAACUUUGUUGUUUCUAUGACCUUGAUUUUUGAUCCCUCUGUUUCACCUGACUACAAUAUACUUGUUGUCCGUGCCAGACAAUGGCGCGGGGUUGAUUUUUGUGUUGCCUUGUAUUCCUCCUCCACUCGAACUUGGGUGUUUUCGGGAUUGUCAUUUACUUACUUGUCGAGUAUAAUAUUCGAAAAUGGUGUCUUCCUUGAUGGGAAGAUUUAUUGGCCUACUUGUCUCUCCGAGAUAUCAAUCUAUUAUGAUUGUAUUGGACAUAGAUUCGUCCCAUAUCCGAUGCCUCAUGGUCGACUCACAAAGGAGCUACUGCAUUUUGGGGAGUUUGGAGGCCAUCUACAAUUAGUUGAAUUCCAUGAUGACUGCAUUCGUUAUUUUCAAGUGUUGGAGUUGAAGGCUGACUGCUCCAAGUGGUUUGUGAAACACCGGAUUGAUCUUCACUUGGGUGUAGUGGAUUUUCCGGAGAUGUAUACGACUUAUAACUACAACAUGCUUUGCUUCCUUGGAGGAGACGAUGAAGGGGAUUCGUGUUUGGUCUUCUACGUACCUGGCAAAGUCAUAGCCUAUUCCUUCAAGGACAAGAUUUUCAAGAAGCUUUGCGAUUUGAAGCUGCGCCCUUGUGAUUUUGACAGUCUACGACUUUCUCCGUGGUUUGCUGUCCAUUCAUGCGUGGAGACCAUAUAUAAUGUAUGA